GCGCCCCCCGCGUCCCCGGCCGCCGGGGAGCCGCGGGCCGCCGGCACCAUGAGUGAACAGAGUAUCUGUCAGGCAAGAGCUGCUGUGAUGGUUUAUGAUGACGCCAACAAGAAGUGGGUACCAGCUGGCGGCUCAGCUGGGUUCAGCAGGGUUCACAUAUACCACCACACAGGCAACAACACGUUCCGAGUGGUGGGCAGGAAGAUUCAGGACCAUCAGGUGGUGAUAAACUGUGCCAUCCCUAAGGGCUUGAAGUACAACCAGGCUACGCAGACUUUCCACCAGUGGCGAGAUGCUCGACAGGUGUAUGGCCUCAACUUUGGCAGCAAGGAGGAUGCCAAUGUCUUCGCAAGUGCCAUGAUGCAUGCCCUAGAGGUGUUGAAUUCCCAGGAAACAGGGCCAACAUUGCCUAGACAAAAUUCUCAGCUACCUGCCCAAGUUCAAAAUGGCCCAUCACAAGAAGAAUUGGAAAUUCAGAGAAGGCAGCUGCAAGAGCAGCAGCGACAGAAGGAGCUGGAGCGCGGGGAGCGCGGGGAGCGCGUGGAGCGGGAGCGCCUGGAGCGUGUGGAGCGGGAGCGCGUGGAGCGCGUGGAGCGGGAGCGCGUGGAGCGGGAGCGCCUGGAGCAGGAGCAGCUGGAGCGCGAGCGGGAGCAGCGGGAGCGCGAACGGGAGCAGCGGGAGCGCGAGCGGCAGGACCGGCUGGAGCGCGAGCGGCUGGAGCGGCUUGACCGGGAGCGGCUUGACCGCGAGCGGCUGGAGCGACUUGACCGCGAGCGGCAGGAGCAGCGGGAGCAGCGGGAGCAGCGGGAGCAGCGGGAGCGGCAGGAGCAGCUGGAGUGGGAGCGCGAGCGGGAGCGCAGGCUGUCGGCUGCUGCCCCUGCCUCUGCGGAGACUCCUCUAAACUCUGUGCUGGGGGACUCCUCUGCUUCUGAGCCAGGCUUGCAGGCAGCCUCUCAGCCGGCCGAGACUCCAGCCCAACAGGGCGUUGUCUUGGGACCACCUGCCCCUCCGCCCCCCCCUCCGCUCCCCCCCCCGGCUCCAGCAGCGCUGCCCCCCCACCCGGGGCCUCCGCCCCCCCCUCCGCUCCCCGCCUCAGGGCCUCCGCCCCCGCCCCCUCCGCCCCCUCUUCCUAAUCAAGCGCCCCCCCCUCCCCCUCCGCCUCCUGCUCCGCCGCUCCCUGCAUCUGGAUUUUUUGCCGGAUCCGCGUCUGAAGACAAUCGCCCUUUGACUGGACUUGCGGCUGCCAUCGCUGGAGCGAAACUGAGGAAAGUGUCCCGGACGGAGGAUGCCCCUUUACCAAGUGGAGGGACUACCAUUGGUGUGAACCCGGCCUCAUCGAAGUCAGACACGGGUCGUGGGAAUGGACCCCUUCCUUUAGGAGGCAGUGGGCUAAUGGAAGAAAUGAGUGCCCUGCUGGCCAGGAGGAGAAGAAUUGCUGAAAAGGGAUCAACAAUAGAAACAGAACAAAAAGAGGACAAAAACGAAGAUUCGGAGCCCGUAAUUUCUAAGGCCUCAUUGACAAGUACACCCGAACCAACCAGGAAACCUUGGGAAAGAACAAAUACAAUGAAUGGCAGCAAGUCACCUGUUAUCUCCAGACGGGAUUCUCCAAGGAAAAAUCAGAUUGUUUUUGACAACAGGUCCUAUGAUUCAUUACACAGACCAAAAUCUGCACCUUCAUCACAGCCCAGUGCCAACGGCGUCCAGACGGAGGGGCUAGACUACGACAGGCUGAAGCAGGACAUUUUAGAUGAAAUGAGAAAAGAACUAACAAAGCUAAAAGAAGAGCUCAUUGAUGCAAUCAGGCAAGAACUGAGCAAGUCCAAUUCUGCGUAGAGAGACGAGUCGAGGAGGAAUAAGACUUUAGUCUGGGGAAAAGAGAAAGACCCCUGCGAACAACAGCUGUUAACAACAACAAACCCCUACAUUUGUGAGCUGUGAUGAAGACAGUGGAGACAAACAGUCGGAAGGAGGAAAACCAACAUCCUCGCGAGCCUUCAGACGCUGUUACUCUGGCGAUAAGCUAUUUCCCUCCCAGUUUGCUGCUUUUUUCUGACCUUUUCAAUAGGAUGGAAGAGCUGGAUGCGAAUUCCUGUUCAAUAGUUAUGCAGAAAAUACUAAACCCAUCAGGCAAGAUCGCCGUGCAUUGAAAUAUUUUCAUGUCAAGACAAAAUCGCACGUUUUUCACAAUCCAUUGCUAAAAUAAAGAGGAGAAAGGCUUAAGAAGUUUGUUUUCAGAGAGUGCUGACAAAGAAUUGAGCAAGUUACACUAUUGUAUUGUAAAUGUUUCUCUCAGGUUUGUCUUCCUAUCACAUUUGAUAUUCCGUGAGGAAUGGAGAUCAGCCCUGUGUAGGUUAAGAUCCUAAAAUGUGCAACAAAUGGAAUUGUAUGUGCUUUCCAAGGGUGAUAUUUAUAAGAAAGUGUCUUAAAAAUGAUUUGUCUGGCUUGAGGAAUUUUAGAAUGAUAGGAAGUCUCUCGAGUUAGCCUUCAUGCAAUUUUGUAGAUUAAAACAUAAAAAUCGUCCAGAAUUUAAAGAUUUAGAUGCCUUCCUAAAUUGUUAAAAUGCUUUACCAAAUCUCUGACUCCUACAUAAUACACACCAGUGGUCAAAUGUAAAACAAUAUAUUGUAGACUUACUGUAGGUUUUCAACCUUUUUUAGAUUUAUGCAUGUGGACAUUUUUAUAAUGUAAUUACAACCACCACAAAGUUAGCUUUUUUAAUUGCAGACAGUAAUGCAUGUCCCACUAAUACGUAGUGGCCUUUUCAAGGCCUGGUCCCAGGGAAAACCUUUUGUAGAGUCUGUAGGGGGGUGGGAGGAAAGGAAGGAAUCAUUUUUUCUUUUAAAGUUCAUUUCUGCACUGUCUUUGUUUUCUCAACGACCUGCAUGAAUACUAAUGAGGACAUUUUGUGACUUUAAUUGGUAACUAUGUUAGCAGAACCAAGUUCUCAAUCUUUUACAUCAUGUCUUCAGCUGUUCGUAUUUUAACUUGAGUAAUUUCAGUGGUCUGAAACAUGAUUCUGAGCUUCACAUGGAUUACAUCGUACUGUGGAACUCGAAAAUUCGAUCCCUGAAUUUGGCAGUUAUUUACUACCUAGGUGCCCUGCAGUUGGACAGGUGUUCAGGUACAUGUUCCUGACCAGGAAGCUGCUUUUGAAUUUUGUUACAUGGAAACACACGGAGUAGCGAUGUCCACAGCAACUGAGGUCAUAGACACCACGUGGCAGAGGGGACCAGCGAGGGGCUCUGCGUGGUUCUCUUGUCAUGACCGAGCAAGACUCAGGUGGUGGGAAGAAGGACCUAGGUGGUCCACUCACCCCCACAUGGGUGUGCACGUGCUGUGCACGUAUGUGUGUGCACGUGUAGCCCACGCCCUUCUCCUGGAAACUCACGAAGAUUAAAAUAGGGGAGAAAUUCUAUAUGUUGCAAUGGUAGAUUUUUUUUUUAAUUUAGGAAAUCACAAAUUCUCCAGGCUCUCCAUCUUGAUUUAUGCUUCAGUUAUGUGCCAUAUUUGCUUUGAAAUCUUUGAUUAUCUGAAGUAUUACUAAAAUUUUGAAGAAAUAAUCCAUUUUCAUCUGCUUUCUAGAUUUUGUAACCUCAGUUGGUCAGACAGAGCUUGUCGGUAGCAUAGUUUACCAUUCAAAAAAGGUUUGAGUGAGGGAAUUGUUUUCCUUGUUAAAAUAGUUCCUGUUUCUGUAGAGACUUCAGUUUUAGAUUAAUCUGUGAUGGAUGAGCUAUCAUAAUUCACAUGUACAGUUUUGUAUCCACCAUUCAUCGUCAGGCAGUAGUAGGAAAGGCAUUCAAGCUGCAGCAAGCCUCUAAAGUCCUGUCUUCUAAAAGAAAUCGGAGGCACUUUGAUCUUUAUUAUUGUCCUUUCGAUUAUGCAAACACUUGGAUGGUAUAAAUGCUCAUGUCCCCUAUAAAUCUGGUGAGAAAUCACUUGAUUUUGUCGGUGAAGUUAGUCUCUAGUAGGAUAGAAUACUGGGUACAAGUGGUCCAAAGUCAGAGAAAAGACUAGAGCAACACGCUGGAUCUGAGUGAGGAGCUGUUGUAUGCACUCGGUGUCUCGUGCCUUGGCCCGAUUCUCCCAGGAUGUCUGCGUGACAGGGCAGAGCCAGUGCUGGGUCACAGCGCGUUCCAUCAGUGUACGUUCGUCCGGAUCGCUAAACGUGUUCUUCCCAAUCACUGUACACAUUUACUGUCCUAUGGGACAGUUUUGUCAUCGUUAGAGAUUUCAGUAACUAAAACGGGAAGCAGAAGCUUAGGUGACUUUCCUUAGCAGGUGAUGUUCCUUGGAGCCCGUCCUGCCGAUGGUGUUCGUGCUCUGUGCUCACUGGGUAUCCGAAGCCGAGUGCAGUUCAGGGGGUCCUUUCUGAUGACAGGAAGGCACUUCUUUCCUCAACACUGUGAUCUGACCCGUGACAAAUCUGUCCUAUACGCUCUGUAAAUGGCCAACAGUCCAUUGCAAACCAACUGAAUGUACACAUCUUAACGCCGGUGCUGAAAUCUCUCCAGAGUAAUCGUCGUGAUUUCACAGUUUGUUCACAAGUUGCAAGCAUCAUGUGUCAAUCCGAACUGAAGAUGAAACACUAAUGAAUGUUGGAUUCUCAUGCUUUAGGUGUGCUUCCUUUUUAGAUUUUUCGGUUCUCUGCUAUUUUUACCGUACUGUUUCAUUUACAUUUCCUACCGCUAACUUCGUUUGUGUGAUUGAAAUAAACUUGCAGUAUAUA